CUGACGCUUUUUCCAGUUGCGAGUUCGUUCUUUCUAUUAUUAACGCCGUACUCUGAUGAAACAGACGUCGCGAAAUUGAAAUGUUUUGUUAAUAGAAUGGCUUAACAUCCUUAAAACGUGUAUUCUUUCUUUAUCGAUUAUUUAUUAAGUAACAUUUAUAAAUAGCAGAAUAGACUUGUAUUGUGCUGUAAAGUUUUUUAACGAUGGUGCGCACCUGUUAUGCAAUUAAAUGGGGAUGUAGACCUUUCAUUAAGAAUCACCAACCGGCAUUUCAGUGUAAAAGGGUUGUGAAAAGAAGCUGCACUUCUACGGAUUUUUCAGCAUUAGAUGCAUUCCGACAUGUUAGGGAAAGUAUCGAGUAUAUAGAUGGAACUAGUGGAAUUAAUGAGACUGAUUUAAUAUUCCUAAAGGGACUAAUGGAUAGUCCAAUUAUGAAAAAUUUAGUUAAGGUUCAAGACAAAUUAGAGGAUCUUCCAGUGCUUCCGAAAGCAGCUACGAAAGAAGCCCAAGAACUGGUAAAGGAUUUGUCCCAGCGCUGCAGUAAAUCAAAAAAUAAGGACGCCAAAGAACUAUUUGACUUGCUAUCGACGCCUCAUUUUAAAUCCCUGAUUGAUUGUCACGACCAAGUCGCGCGUAUAAGCGAAAAUCCCCCAAAGCCCGUAAAGACUGACAUUUCGAAAUUAUUCCCAGCAUUAAACGGGAUGACGGGAGAGGCGAUAAGGAUGGUGGGUGUCCGCAAAAAGGACGGGGAGCCCUUGGGCUUGACAGUGCAGGUGGAUGACAACGAAAAUUUGGUAAUAGCAAGGAUACUAGAAGGAGGGAUGAUCGAAAAACAGGGCCUCCUCCACGUUGGUGAUGUUAUCUUAGAAGUCAAUGGAACGCCAGUAAAGAGCGCUGAAGACCUGCAAAUUGAAGUGGCAAAGUCGAAGGAUUCAGUGACCCUCAAAGUUGGCCAACCCAGCGAAAUGGAAACUCACGCUUCACUCGUUAUGAACGGAACCAGUAACGGAGUCGCCAAAAAGCUCACAUGCUACAUGAGAGCUCUGUUCGAGUACAUCCCCGAGGAAGACAGCCUCCUUCCUUGUAAAGAAAUAGGUCUGCCCUUCGAUCGGGGUGACAUCCUCCAGAUUGUGGACCAGAGUGAUCCCAACUGGUGGCAGGCAAAGAAAGUGGACGGGGAUGGCAGAACUGGUUUAAUUCCGUCUCUGGAACUGGAGGAAAGGAGGAAGGCAUUCGUGGCACCCGAAGCCGAUUUUGUACAUAAAAUAAGUAUAUGUGGUGCGAGAAUUUCGAAGAAAAAGAAGAAAAUCAUUUAUCAGUCCAAAAGCAAUUGUGAUUUCGAUAAGGCUGAGCUUUUGCUGUAUGAAGAAGUGACAAGAAUGCCGCCGUUUAAACGAAAAACUUUAGUCCUGAUCGGAACUCAAGGUGUUGGAAGGAGAACACUGAAGAAUCGCUUGAUUAAUAGUGACCCUGAUAAGUUUGGCGGAGUUGUACCAUAUACAACGAGGCCACAACGCGUUUUGGAGGAAAAUGGCCAAAGUUACUGGUUUACCGAUCGCGAGAGCAUGGAGGAGGAUAUAAAACACUCAAAGUUUUUGGAGUAUGGUGAAUACAAUGGUCACUUGUACGGAACACAUCUCGAUUCUAUCAGAGAAGUUAUUAAGCAGGGAAAAAUGUGUGUGCUGGACUGCAGUCCAAUCGCGCUCAAAAUUCUGCAUAACAGCUCAGAGUUUCUACCUUAUGUCAUAUUUAUCGCGGCUCCAGGAAUGGAGCAACUUAAAAUUUUAUACGACGUGGGGCGCAGCAGCUCUAAUUUGCGAUACUCAAGCCGGAAUCUAACAUUUGAUCGCCAAAGCUCGAUACGCUACAGUUCCAGGAGGGCAAGGACACUAGAGUCGUUAGCCUCUCUGUAUGAAGAGGAAGAUCUGAAGCGAACACUUGAGGAAAGCGCCAGCAUGCAACGAACGUACGAUAAGUACAUUGACCAGGUUAUCGUCAACAAUGAUUUUGAUACAACUUUCCGACAAAUUGUGGAGGCCUUGGAUACUUUAACCACUGAGCAUCAGUGGGUACCGGUUAAUUGGAUUUAUUGAUAUUCUACUGCCAUAUAUUAUAAGGAAUCUCUCUGUAAUUCUAGGUUUUUAUAAAGUAUCUUCACGAAAUGUUUUAUCUGAAAAGUCUCAGUAUUAAUUAGAUAUUGGAAGGGUUGUUCUGAACAAGCCCUUGUUGUAAUAUAUCGAAACGCUCGUUGAUUGGUUAUUAAAAAUAUGGAAGUUAAGACAUUUUCUUGUAGAUAUAAGUUCUUUUAAAAUGUGAAAGUACUGUUAGCUUUAAUCCUGUUUUGUUUAUUAGCACACUAGCCUGAAAUCAAUAUUAUAUUACAUUUAUAAAAAGCAUCACAAGUAGAUUAGUUAAAUACGACACUGUUGGUAGUGAUAUCUAGCUGUUCCGGAGAACUUGAGUCGAGAUUUUUACAUGAAAGAAGGUACAAAGUUCUGCAACAUCGAAUAAUUACUUCUCACAGAUUAGUCAGUAAGUAAGCCUUAUAAUGCCUAACUAUUAUUAAGUGUACAUAUUUGAACUGAGCAAAGAUAUGAGUCACCCGUACUAUGAAGUAGACUGCAGAACGAGUUCAAAUUUAUUUGAAAAACUCUUCUGCACCUAGAUAGAUUACUAGAAUUAGAUUGUUUGUUAUAUAGGUGCUUUAUAUUGUAUCGUUUUAACCGUCCAAGUGUUCAGGGAAAUGUGUUUUGAUGAGAUUACUUAUCUAUAUUCAAUGAUCUUUUGCAAUUAUAUACAUUUCUUUAUACAUACUUACACUUACAUCAUACUUAGGUAUACAGUUGGUAGUUUUAAUGUUUAAAAUAUUGUUUUCAAAUAUGAUUUUUAUUUAGUUGUGACAAUUUUUAAUUUGUAGUUUAUUCAGUUUCGCAAAUAAAUAUAGAAUUUUAAA